CGAGGGGAUGUGGAAGUGACCAUAAAGUCGACGUGUUGGACCGCGGCUCGCAGUCACUACCAACUCCCGUGUGUCUCACUGGCUCAUUCCAAUUCUCACGACAGUCGGUAAAGAUCCUCGAGAGUCAUAAUCCACCUGUGGUUUGAACCCAGUUGAAGGCAUUCUUUUUGGAACGUUCAAAACACCAAGGAAUUCGAGCAUCCCGCUGCUUUUUGGCUUGGUAUUUUUUUGUUUUCGCUGCUCAUCACUCGCUAAAUCAUUGAAGCACGGGUGCCAUGCGAGUGAGGUUGACGGACGACCACUAGUCCUUAGGCUUCAAUCACAAGAUGCGAUCGUUCACCAUCGUUCACAAUUCAAUUCAUUGCAUCAUGGUGCAGGCCAUUUCUUUACUCACUCUCUUGCGCAUGCUAACUGAAGCUCAAACGUCUUGCAACUCUGGAUUGGGAAGAAUAGUCUACGAGAAAUUGCCUCACCAGCAGCUCCAAGGUUACGACGAUGACGUGGUACGAGAUUCAUCUCCUCCUAUGCAAGUUCUGACUAGAUGUCAAGACUUGUGCCUCCGGGAUCGAACGGCCGCCAACAACCUGGUACGAACUUGCAGUUCCUUUGAUUUUCAACCAGGCAAACGACUGUCACUUCCGAGUUCCUUAUCGUCUUCAUUCAAUUCGCAAUCAACACCGUCGUCUACGUCGGGUUCUAUUGAAUACGACGAAUCAGUUUGUUUUUUGUCACGGGAACUGCCUCGACCAGAAGGACUUGGUACACUUGUCAAUUUACCCGGACAUUUCCUUUAUAGCGAGGUCUGCCUAAGUUCGUCAAGAAUUGAACGUGAGUGCCCAACUCGGAAAUCGGUUUUUGAUCGUAUCACUCGCAAGCGAUUUCGUCCUUCUGGUUCCAAAGAGUAUUUUGUCAACAACCGUACCGAAUGCGAAGACAAGUGUCUGAAUGAAUACAGCUUCGUCUGUCGUUCAAUUUCGUACGACAGCACGUCCAGAACAUGUUCGUUAAGUCGAUUCACACGCCGUACUCAUCCGGAACAGUAUGAAGACGAUCCUGGAUUUGAAUAUUUGGAAAAUACGUGUCUGUCAGAAAACCGUCGCUGUGAAGGGCAACUUACUUUUGUUCGUGAAGAACGUGGCCAAAUGUGGAGCUCCUUUGACGCUGAAAUUAUGCUAAACACGACGUUAGAAGAAUGCCAAGCACGCUGUUUAUCGGCAGAAACAUACUUUUGUCGAUCAUUGACAUUCGACCCGAUGUCCAAAUCAUGCGCCCUCUCCAGCGAAGAUACAAUUUCCUUGACCGACCAGGAAGUUGCCACCAUGACGGGCACUGGUUAUUACUACUUUGAGAUCUUGUGCAUGGGCCUCAGUGCUAAUGAAGUGAAUCCGCUGUCACAGCGAGGUGAAGGCGAAGCAUCACCACUGCUGGUGGACGGUCGCCGACGAGAUAUUCUGACUGCCUUUCAACGAUACCGUAAUUCGCGUCUGUCGGCUGAUUUCCAAACUGAAAUUACCGACCGAUCAUUAGCUGAAUGUCUGGAUGAAUGCCUUCGUCAGACAAGUUAUCGAUGCCGAUCUACUAUGUACAGCGAGCGCUUUAGGGUCUGCCGUCUAAGUCGUUCCGAUCAGAAGGAUGGCCGACUCAUUUACGAGCCAGAUUACGAUUACUACGAAAGCCUCUCAGUUGUGAACGACACAGUGUUUGCCAGUUCGUCGAUCUUCUUGAACCGACCGGAAGAAAUCAGCCAUAUUACUGGUGCAGCAGUUGGAGGUAGUGCUGCAAAUUCUGCCGUUCCUGCCGAAGGUUGGCCUCCGGGAAUCGUUCCAGAAAUACUAACAGAUGAUCAGUUCUAUGCCGGACCAUGGCCCGCUGGGGGUGGUAUAAGCCCAGGCCUAUCAGUAGGAUCUUCUCCUGGUUUAGGAACUCUUGCUGGUGGAACACAGCUGGGAAAUCGUCCACGAUGUGAGCCCGGCCGGGAAAACGAUGGUUUUCGCCAGGCUGCUACUCGUAUGCGCCUCCGCCGGAUCUAUGUUAAACGCUACUUGGUGGCACCGUCUUUAGCCCAGUGUGAGCGCGAGUGUCAAACCGCGCGGGAUUUCCGUUGCAUCUCUUUCAAUUUCUAUCGUUUGCCAUUUUACUCGAACGCGAUUGGAGGCGAACGAGAAAACUGCGAACUCAGCGACCGCUCCACUCGCGAACUGGACACGAGUAAUCCAUCUUUCUUUGAAACCAACGGCGACUAUGAUUUUUACGAACGAUCGCAGACAUCCGAUUGUCUUGACGUGAGCCAAGUGUGCAAUGAAGACGGAAUGGAGUUUACGUUGCGUACUCCUGAACCGUUCACCGGAAGGAUCUAUACGUACGGCUAUUAUGACCGAUGUUUCUUUCGUGGCACUGGAGGCCUUACCAAUGUUUUGCGCAUCACGGGUCCGAGAGGCUUUCCCGACUGCGGAUCGCAGAGGCAUGGAGAUAUACUGACCAACAUUAUAGUGGUCCAGUUUAGUGAAAUGGUCCAAACCGCUAGAGAUAAACGCUAUAACUUAACUUGCUUGUAUGGUGGACCAGGAGAAGCUGUCGUCACUUCUGGCUAUAUCGGUGCAGGAUCUGGUAGUCCUACUCCAAUAGAGUUUCUUCCGGCUCAGAACAUACUGGAUUCCCGCGUUCGAUUGCUUAUUAUGUAUCAAGGGCGCCCUACGACCACCAUAGCUGUUGGUGAUCCCCUUACCUUCAAGCUGGAAUCACUGCAGGGCUAUAACCUGAUUGCCGAUAUAUUUGCCACAAACGUGAUUGCAAAAGAUCCUUACACAGGCAAGAGUGUCCAGCUAAUCGAUCGAUUCGGAUGUCCAGUUGACGAUGGAAUUUUUCCGUCAUUAGAUCGGGCAAGAAGCGGUGAGGGCUUAGAGGCUAGCUUUAACGCCUUCAAAAUACCAGAAUCAAACUUUUUAGUGUUUGAAGCCACUGUGAAAUCAUGCAGAGGUGGUUGUCAGCCAGUUUUCUGUAAUACGAAUAACGUACCCGGACGCGGUUCCGGCCAGUCCUACGGUCGCAAACGACGUGAUACUACGGCCACAUUUGCUCUGAACAAACCAGCUUGGUUAAGUUUGUCUAGUAGUAGUAGCGGUAGUAGCAGUAGCAGUAGCAGUAGCAGUAGCAGCAUGAAAUCCAUAGAUGAGACAAACGAGGAGGAGCUUGUGAUGGAAAUGCUUCGAGUCUAUGCUAAUCGCGAUGAGAUUCCUGAAACUACUGUCAGUCUUCAAAAGCUUGACAUCUGUCUAUCUCGUGUUGAAUAUUAUAGCCUGAUCACGUCAUUGGGCAUCAUAUUACUUAUUUUAAUCGCCUCCUCCUUCGUGGCUGGCCUCUGUUUCAGGCGCUAUCGUUUGCUGCAUUUUAAAAACGCUGGAGCGGAUGCAACAGCACCGCACUCAAUGCUAAGUCAUAACACCUACGGCCAGCAGCGACAGCGCAAUUUGUUCCAUCACACUCCUUCGGCUCGAAAUUUUGCUUUCAUUAAUCGCGCCUUCGAUUUACGUACGCCGCCGGAAUCUAGCGUUGGUGACAGGCAAACUGAACUAGACUUUGGUGAAGGAGAGGCAGCGGAUGCCACAUCGACUAGAAAAGGACAGCAAAAGACGUCGCGUGUGUUUCAAGAUCCUAGUGAACCUAUCUAUACUGAACCGUCAUUGUUUGAGCGGUCGCGGAGCCUCCGCAGCAUGGCAGCUACCGACCUCCGCCGCGUAGUGCAUCGAACAACUGCCGAUCAACCGGCCAUUAAAGAAAUGCCCGACACCGAGAGUGCCGCCUUAUAACACUAACUGAUCACCCUGCUAUUCCACCGUCCAAUUUAAAGAUUUAUCUUAAAACUUUGCUAUAAUCACUUAAAUAUUCCAAGCAUACUACCACUAUAAGAGGGAAUCGUUAUAUUUACGUAGCUUGGUAGCCUUCUUGUUUUUAUGAUUUUCGAAUUGUUUUAACUAAACUCCACCCACGCACCUUAGUAGUAGGAUAAUGAACAUGAGCAGCUUUUACGAACAUCGCCCGCUGACUAAUUAAUCUUAGUGUUCAAUCGAUUUUAGGUCUGAGUGUUACUCCAUCAGUUUUCCCGAUUAGUGAAGGUAACAGAACAGGAAAUCAAACGUGUGUGGUGAAGAUUGGAAGUUACAUCGCUUACAAUUAUUGCACGGAUUUGGAGAAGAUCUUGAGUAAACUGUAAUCCUACGGCGAUACUGCCAGUACGUUUCACCUUACAAUCUGCUGAUUUUUAUUAAUCUUAACAUUUUUCUCCAGCCUACAUGUUGAUACCCGGUAUCUAGAAAUAUAUUUCACGUCAUAUAAUUAGAAUAGUUUCGUGUAAUGUUGACUCAAGUUUAUGUCAUCACCGAACCUAUGAUCAUGAACGAUAAUACAAAUAACAUCACUUUCA